AUGCAGGUGAGACAGAAAAACCCCUUGCCAGUGGGAAAUGCAAUAUGUUUUAUAUUGAGCCACGCGGCGAGAGGCCCGAAGGAAUUUCUAUGUGCAGUGUGGAUCCACAUUUUUCGAGUUUCCCUCUUUCUUGGGCCUCAUUUCCUCUACCAUCUUUUGCCGGUUCUUAUUCCUAUUAAGCUUGACUACCCUUCAGCCUCUGAUUCAUUACGGAGCCUGGAACAAGGGAAGGAUCCACUGGGCGGGUCAGCACUUUUCGCUGUGAUUGGAUUCUCGUCGCUCAUAUUCCCGAAGAGACACCGAAGCCCUAAGGAAUUUAUUGCUCCUUGAGCCUGUGUCUUGGCCUCUGCCACUAAAAGCUUAGUAUGUAUCCCCUGGCUUAUGCGCCAUGUUUGGCUGGACGGACGUUCUCCGUGCUCCAUACGUUCCCUACCCACCAUCGUACGAGAAGAACUGUCGGAGUAUACCACCCAAGAAGGAAUGAAGAGAGACCUGUGGACGAAGUUGCAAAUUUGUGAUCGGAAACAAUAUAUGUCCGAUCGCUUUUCUGAGACUAGUUUCCCAACAACCCGGGACUUCUGCAAGGGGUCGCCGCAGUACCGGAUUUUGGAUAAAAAGCUAACACGGUUCCUGCCUCGUUGAUUACUUUCCUGAAACGGGUGCGAUCUUCACGGCUGUUUUGAUUUAUCCACCGGUGUUUUCCCACCGUGCAUGAUCUCAUCGUGUGGCAAGAUGGCGCCUUCAACUUUGAAAACCUCGCUCGUGUCACUGACUGUCCAUCUGCUGGGCGUUUCAGCUGGAA